AUGGUGCACACGGAGGGCAGCGCCCUGCUGCAGGCCGUGUGGCAGGGCAAGUUCCGCCUGACCCGCCUGCUGCUGGAGGGGGGCGCCUACAUCAACGAGGGCAACGCGCAGGGGGAGACGCCGCUCAUCGCCGCCUGCGUGGCGCCCUACGGGGACCCGCACAGCCGGCCGCGCAUGGUCAAGUACCUGCUGGAGAACGGGGCCGACCCCAACAUCCCCGACAAGACGGGCAAGUCCGCGCUGAUGCGCGCCUGCGCCGACGGGGCCGGGGCCGAGGUGGCCGCCGUGCUGCUGGCCCACGGCGCGGACCCCAGCGCGCGGGACUACGCGGGCGCCUCGGCGCUGGUGCACGCCCUCAACCGGGGCGACCGGGAGACGCUGCAGCUGCUGCUGGACGCCUGCACGGCGCGCGGCAAGGAGGUCAUCAUCAUCGCCACGGACACGUCGCCCUCGGGCACCAAGAAGACGCGCCAGUACCUGAACGCGCUGCCCUCGCCGGGCGCCGAGGAGCGGCGCGCGCCCGCCUCCUGCAUGUCCCCGUCGGACAUCGAGGUCAGGGCCGCCCCGUCGCCGGGCGGCAGCGAGAAGGACGAGGAGCGCGACGUCUUCACCUUCUCCGUGGCGCCGCGGCCCGGCGGCCCGCCGCUCCCGCGCGCCCAGGCGCAGGAGGCCGAGGAGGCGCCGCCGGCGCCGGCGCCGCCGCCCAAGGGCCGCCCCAAGCAGCUGAAGCGGCUCAACUCCGAGCCCUGGGGGCUGGCGGCGCCCUCCGCCUCCGCCUCGGCCGCGGCCCACGCGGAGAAGGCCCGGGGCCCGGAGGACCGGCUGCUGGCCGAGAUGAACGGCCUGAGCCUCUGCAAGAGGCCGCCGCUGUCCCGCAGGCACAGCGUGGAAGGGCAGGAGCCCUCCUGCCUCACGGCGGCCGCCUCGCCGGCCUCGGGGGAGGAGGGCAGCCGGCCGGACGCCGCCUGGGCGGAGCGCGUCCAGUUCGGCCACCUGCACCAGGCCCUCCCGCGGCGCAGCACGGCCCCCGAGGCCCCGGAGGGCGGCCCGGGCCCCGGCCCCCGGGGCCCCGCGCCCCACAGGCUGAACUGCGCGGAGCACCACGAGGGCGACUCCCUGGCUCCCGACUCCACGCCGGGCUCGCCCGACUCGGGCCGCGUCUCCUUGGAGAGGAGGCGGUACGGCGCCUCCCCGCUGACCCUGCCGGCCAGCUCCUCCCGGGAGAGCCUGGAAAGCGUGCCCAGCGCGGUCUCGCCCGUCGCGCUGCGCCGCAGGGCCCCGGGCCUCCUCGAGCGGAGGGGCUCCUGCACGCUGCUGCUGGACCACCUCGCGCACAGCCGCCCGGGCUUCCUGCCCCCGCUGCACUUCAGCCCCCACCCGCCGCUCCGCGACCUCCGCGCCAACGGCAAGCCGCCCCCGGGGGACCUGCCCGCCCGGGGCCUGGUCCCCGUGGCCCCCGCCUCGCCCAAGGGGAAGCGGCUGCUGCGCAGGCACUCCAUGCAGCCCGAGCAGAUGAAGCAGCUGGCCAGCUUCCAGAGCCUGCUCGCCCAGGGGGACUCCGCCGCAGGCUAA